GGAGCUGCCGGAUCUAUGCGGCUAUGGGGAGCUGCUGCAUCUGUGCGGCUGUGACGAGGAGCAGUAGGCGAUGCCGAGCGCCGACGUGCCGAAGGAAAGGAGGAUGGUGAGCAGCUGGACCCACGACGGCACCUCCGCCCGGCCCCCGCGCUUGAGCGCGUCGUACACCAUCUGACGCCGAAGGAUGCGGUCGAACACCACCUGCGGCAGCUUGUCGUCGCCACGGCUGCCGCCGUCCUCCUCCUUGCGCGCGGCCUCCAUGAGCGACUCCUUGAGGAGCAGCUGCUGCGUCAGGUGGCGAGAGGAUGGACAUGGUGGCCCGGCUGUGCGUCCAUGGAUGAUGACUCCUUGAGGGCGACACUGACGGUGGUGCUUAUGGUGCCCGACGCUGAUGCCAUGCUCGUGGUGCCCGAUGCCUGCUGCUUCAGUCAUUCAUUCAGAGGAGUAUCAUAUGCUGAUGUGGAAUUGCAUGGUUUGGAGUCUUGUUUGGAGGUUCGUGGCAUAGGCGAUGCUCAAUUGGGGAAGAAAGGCGGCGCCUCAUGCAGUCAUGCUAGGGUUGCAGCCGGGAUACUGCUGAACCGAAGCGCCGCCUUCUCCUCAGGCUCAAAGCUGUUCGUCGGAGGGAAGAUUUGUACAUCUCACUCUCGUCUUGCAUACUCCUGGUGUUCGUGAUCCUUUGCUUCAUGCUAGUUUGAGAAUCAUACCUCCAGCAAUAAUGCAAUAUUUUGUCUAGUCAAAUUUCGUGCAAACACUUUGUGCAGUUUUAACUGAAUGUACUCCCUCCGUUCCAAAUUACUCGUUGUGGUUUUAGUU